CUUCAGGGUCGAUGUUCAAGGGAAAACUGCAAAUAUCUUCACCCACCACCACACUUAAAAACGCAGCUGGAGAUAAAUGGACGCAAUAACCUGAUUCAGCAGAAGAAUAUGGCCAUGCUGGCCCAGCAGAUGCAGCUUGCCAACGCCAUGAUGCCUGGUGCCCCGUUGCAGCCUGUGCCGAUGUUUUCCGUUGCGCCGAGCUUAGCCACCAACGCAUCAGCCGCCUUCAACCCCUACCUGGGGCCCGUCUCCCCCGGCCUGGUCCCAGCAGAGAUCCUGCCCACCGCCCCAAUGCUAGUGACAGGGAACCCUGGUGUCCCGGUUCCUGCCGCUGCCGCCGCCGCUGCCCAAAAGCUAAUGAGGACAGACAGACUGGAGGUUUGUCGAGAGUACCAGCGUGGCAACUGCAACAGGGGAGAGAACGACUGCCGGUUCGCUCACCCUGCCGACAGCGCGAUGAUCGACACCAACGACAACACGGUCACUGUCUGCAUGGAUUACAUCAAAGGGAGAUGCUCACGGGAAAAGUGCAAAUAUUUUCACCCUCCUGCACAUCUGCAAGCCAAGAUCAAGGCUGCCCAGUACCAGGUUAACCAAGCUGCAGCUGCCCAGGCAGCAGCGACUGCAGCUGCCAUGGUGAGUUUGGAAAACACCUCUGGAAUAGAAGUAUGUUGA